CUCCACUGACUUACAGUUGGUGUUAUUUUGUAUGGCUUGUUUUUCAUGUUUGCUUAACUGUGAGUUUCAGCAGCUCCAGGUCAAAAGUCUGAUGAGGCAGAUAUGAACUGGCAAAUCAAAACCUACACUGAGUUUCUGAGAUAAGACUGUCAAUCAGAGGUGACCAUGGAGAGGUGAGAGGAGCAGACUUUGGACCCAAUUCACUCGCUCUUCUUCUCCGCGACAGGCUACAGCGCCUUGGUUCGUCUCCCUGCACUUGGGGAAAACAUGAAGGUUAAUUUUGCCCCUCUAGUCGUGCCCUUCAACAGGAGGCUACAGACGGCCGCGGUGCUGCAGUGGGUCUUCUCCUUCCUUGGCCUGGCACCCACUUGCACCUUCCUGUUCUUCUACCUGCUGUUCACUCGCUUCUGGCUGGUCAGUGUGCUGUACGCCGUCUGGUGGUACUUUGACUAUAACACCCCAGCACGCGGAGGCCGCAGGGCUCCAUUUUUGUGUGGCCUCAAACUUUGGGAUCACAUGCGGGAUUACUUCCCCAUCAAGUUGGUGAAGACAGCUGACUUGGAUCCCAGGCACAACUACAUCUUCGGCUUCCAUCCCCAUGGCGUGCUGGUGGCCGGAGCCUUUACUAACUUCUGCACCUACGCCACAGGCUUCAGACAGAUGUUUCCUGGCCUCACCAGCUACCUGCUCAUGUUGCCCCUCUGGUUCAGAGCCCCGUUCUUCAGAGACUACGUCAUGUGUGCAGGUCUGAUUCCUUCAGACAAAGAGAGCGCCAGCUAUCCGCUCAGCAGAAAGGGUGGCGGUAACGCUGUUGUAAUAGCAGUUGGUGGGGCCCCAGAGGCCCUUGAUGCCCACCCUGGGACCUACAAUGUGAUGUUGGCCAACAAGAAAGGCUUCAUCAAAAUGGCCAUGGAGCAUGGAGCUCAUCUCGUGCCAGUGUUCUCCUUUGGAGAGAAUGAAGUGUUUGAUCAAGUGGAAAACCCAAGAGGAACGUGGCUUCGAUGGAUGCAGGAACGGCUACAAAGCAUCAUGGGCAUCUCCCUGCCUCUCUUCCACGCACGAGGCAUUUUCCAAUACUCCUUUGGUCUCAUACCCUACAGAAAACCCAUCAAUACAAUAGUCGGCCGGCCAAUUAGGGUGGAGAGAAAGGAGAAGCCGAGAGCUGAGGAGCUUGACGCCCUCCACCAGCUGUACAUGGACGAACUCAGCAGUCUGUUUGAGGAGCACAAAGGCAACUAUGGAGUGGACAAGGACACACACCUGAUCUUUGUCUAGACUGGACUGAGGAUGGAGGAUUUGAAUGCAUAUUUAUUUCUAAAGCUCUGGUGCUGCAGGUUCAGAUAACUGUACAUUUUAUUGGCUCUGAACACCUACAUUUGCCCUCAACUGGCCUGUUAAUUAAAGAUGACUAUAAACACUCAUGGAUCCACUUACUGA